AUGGCUAUAAAGGGUAUACUUCCGAUGACUUGUCACGCGCUGGUGUGGGCAUUGGCCGUUGCGUUCGCGCUGUGGGCAACCGGCGCUGGCGCUGAGCCGGCUCGCUACGAUUCCGCAACACCACACUCGCCGGUCUACAGUAGAUACAAAUAUGUACCACCGUAUUCCAGUUACAAUAAUUACGAACGCGAAGAUGUUAGUUCUGCACCUCCUGACCCUGAGCCUUCGGGGUACAAGAUCGCACCCUCCGAGCUGAUACUCUCCGGAUUGAGGACCAUUCUGGAUGUCGUCAGGAACAUGAACAAGAAGCGGAUGGAGAGCAAAGCUCUUCAGACUCCUGUCAAUUCGACUGCUAUUCAGUUGCGACGUGCUAAAAAAUCAAACGAGACUGAGAGCGGUCGUGGCUUCGAGGACUAUUACGAUGAGCACCACGACCAUGCUGAGUACCAUGAUGUGACCACCACCGCUAAACCGAUGAAGCAGGGACGAUACACCGACCCCUGGGCAGGGUACUAUGACUGGAUCAUCAACGAAGGUUCAUUCAAAUUCUGGAGUGUUUUCCAGCUCUUCACCGCUGCCCUUCUUCUGUACGCGUGCCUGUCUGCUAUUUACUACGCGAAAUUCAACCCUAUCAUACCGGACUACAGUUUGGAAUACGAUGACUACUUCCUUGAGCGGUCUGUAGGAAGGAAGGCCAGGAGUGUUGAACCUUGGGAAUUACCAUCGGGUCUUAGCUGGAUGAACACUCAGACGUUCCAAUUCAUUUUGGAUGCUAUUGCUACGCAUUAUAGUGACCAAUAG